UGCAGUUCCCAAGUAUUGUCAAAAUAGUAGAUCAGUUUUUUGGAAGCAAAAUUGUAUUUUGGCGUCAAGUUAUUCUAAACAUGAGCAUGUUUGCUACAAUUGGGAUGUUAGUGUCCACUUUUGAUGGCUCCGCCAAGUUCGGUAUUUUGAUCAUCGACGUAAUGGUUCUGAUGAUAGUGUCAUUAGGCAACUUUCAGAUUCCAGCAGCAGUGUUGCGCAUCACGCUGGCAGCGUUGGGAAUCCAUAAAGCUAGAGACCGGUACAGUGAUCAUGCUCAUAAGGGUGACCUUGGGGAAAACACAAACCUCAUGUCAUCUCUCUACAUCUUCUAUGCAAUGGUGGUUGGCCAAGGAAUACUGUAUAUUAUUGCUAGUAUCCUUGAGAUCUUUUCAUUCAACCUGCGGAGAUCCCUCGUUCGCAAUGCUGGAUUUAGAGGUACCCUAGGAGUGGAAUGUGUCAAUUUGUACUAUGAAGAUGCCUUCGAAAAAUGCCUGAACGGGACUGUGCUUGCUCCAGAGAAGACCAGCCUCAUCAGAUUUGCAAUGGAUUCAUUGGAGUCAGACUCGUCCAAGAAGCAGCUCUAUGGGCUAAAGAUGCUGCACAACUUUCUCAAAAAGGAGCAAUUGAAGACUAAAGCCAUAUCAGAACUCACCACUUGCAUGAAGACAAUGACCUGCUUGAUCAACAUGUUGGGUUGGAUAAGUGAAGGGCAUAAAGAUAUUAGAUCAUUUGCAGCAAAAGUCACAGCCGAGAUCGCUGAUAGCCUCAGUAUUGUCCAUGUCCCUGGCGAGAUGCAGCUUAUAGCCUCACUUCUGGAGACCAAUGUAAGGAAAAUAAAGGAUCCUCUUCUAGACAUUGGUAGCCCUAAGCAACUACAAGAUAACCCGAUUCAGCAAAUUAGCAGGAGUGAACUGACCUCCCCGAUGCUUAAAUGGUUGAAGCAGAUGGCAGUGUAUUGUUUGAUUCCGAGGAAGGAUCCUACUAGCAUGGUUGAACAAAAACCACGUAUACUCAGAUGCUGGAAGCGGUCCUUUCUGGAAGAAGAGCCAUCCACGGAUACAGAUAUCCUCCCUGUAGUGGGAAUGUUAAUUCUUGACAAGCUUGCUAGAUUUGAUCUUGAGAGUUGUACACAAAUAUAUGGAGCAACUGGCCUCAUCUCAAAGAUCAUAGAGUUCACUACCAAAAGAACUAAUGUUGCAAAUAUUAAUGAGACACAUCAAUCACUACUGAAAAGUUCAUCACUGAAGCUGCUGAGAAGCCUUUCUGGUACUAAAGGGAAAUUAGGUGUUGCUUUGCGUCAGAAGAUUUUAGAACAUCCCUUCAUUUUGAGCAAUUUAGCAGAGAUCUUGGAUGACAGUGGGAGCAGUCAGGAACUUAGGGAGCUCACAGCAGAACUCCUUAGAAACCUUGCCAUGGACGGGAAUAGAGAGGAGAUAAGUCACAUCCGAGUGAUCAUUAGCAGGUUGAUGCAUGCAUUUCUCAGCCAAAGUGCACCUUCAAGUACAGAUCCAGAUCAGUUGCUAAGAAUGAUAGCCGGGCAAGCUUUGGCAGUUCUGGCAAUUGAGAGUGCCAACAACUGUUUGGCCAUGUUAGCGGAACCAGGGUAUGCAUUCAUCAAGGAACUCACAGUCAUGAUCCAAGGUGAUAGGUACAGGUACAUAGCGUCAAGCCUGUUGCGGAGCAUGUGUUUGCAUACUCAAGCAAAGUUUGGCAACUCGGACCUGAAGGAAGUCUCCUACAUUUUGCGAGAGGUGAUGGAAGGAAUAAUGGAUGUAGAAGGGUCAGAACUGGAGAUCCUUGUUGGCCUUAGUUCACAAAUAUGUAAGGUCAUUCCUGAAGACUUUGCGCGGGAAUUACAGCAUGGCCAGAUUAAGGAAAGAUUUACGGAGAGGCUUGUUAAUGCACUGAACUCAAAUAUGAUACCUGCUGCUCACUGUCCUGGGAUCAGGAGGGCGAUAAUUGAGCAUGCCAUAUCCAUGGUAGAGUGCAGUCCCAGCUGCAUUAGCUGUUUCAACAAAUAUUGGAUGAUGGAAGCACUGCUAAUGGUAGAGCAUACACCUACGUGGGUUGAAAAUUUCAGGUUCUUUGCGGGUGAUGCAGGACUCAUGAAGUACAGUAUACCUCUACCCGCGCUUGUGGCCAGAGCAAAAAAACUGAUGAGCCAUGAGUAGCUACGAUUCAUCAGCUAUUCGAUAUGAACAUGUAUCUGUAUUCUGUAAUCAUAUUGUACUCCCUCCGUUCUAUAAAGGUUGUAUAUGAUUUAUCAAAA